GGUUGAAGGUAUAGUAAGAGACGCUGACCAGCGAAGAAGCAACUGAGGUACUGAACAGUGUUCCGUGACUUCUCUAGGAGAUACAAACACAAAGCAUUCCAGGACCUUGGACAGCACCCAGUACCCAAGAGGAACAGCAGAUCAUUUACUAAAGACAAUGUAUAAAGCGAUGUUACAAAGGAACGGCUCCCAGCUCCUUUUCCUAAUAGCCCUGUGCAGUGUGUUAUAUUCCCGGACUCAGUGUUUGCCAUAUGCAUCUAUGAGACCGACGAGACACGCAGACGGUCUCUUUACAAGUGGAUACAGCAAACUUCUUGGACAGCUGUCGGCGCGGCGGUACCUGGAAUCCUUGAUUGGAAAGCGAGUCAGUGAUGACAUGAUGGAGGACCAGGUACCAGUGAAGCGCCACUCAGAUGCCAUUUUCACAGACAACUACAGUCGCUUCCGCAAACAGAUGGCUGUGAAGAAAUACCUUAACUCAGUUCUGACAGGAAAGAGAAGUCAAGAAGACCCUCCCAUGCAAGAAGAAUCCAGAAGUGAGCCCUCGUUUCUAGAGAGCUAUGAUGACGUCGAUGUAGAUCACCUUCUCAAUAACUUCCAAUUGCCACUCUGAGGAAGACCCGCUGGUGCGAUUACCUCAAUCAGUCAACCUCAUCGAUUUGCUAUCCAAAACAAAUAUUUAAGUUCUUCAAAAAUGGACAUGUUUCAAAGUCAAGUGUGGUUAUCUCUACAGUAUAAAGUAAAUGUUUACAUUGUAUACAAGAUAUACUGAAACUACAAAUAUUGGUCUGAAGAUGUAGGCAACAGUAAAUACUAUAUACGUCCACCUGGGAUCAGAUAGAUUUGCUUUGACCAGGACUGUAAAUGGUAGCUCAAUAAAUGCAUUCCUAAAACAAACUUUAUACUGGUAUAAAGUAUAAUCAGCUCAUACAGUAGAGGACCACAUUUAGAGUGACACUGAUGCAUAUAAUCACGUUAUAUCCAUGUGGAACAAUGCUAUACCUUGUGCAUAAACUUACCUAGAGCAUUUAGUUAUGUAAAACCGUGCAUCCAAAUAAAAUAUGUCCAUUUAUUUUUCAAAGCUGAGUAAUUUUGUAAGUAAAUAUUGAUGUUGAUUAUCUCUUUUCAUGUGAAAAAGUAUUGCAAAUAAUGACAAAUUAGGCCACAAACUUAUAGUUGCACUCAACAUGUGCUUUGAUGGCCUGCUCACCUGAAUGAAGAUGGUAAGCAAAGACUACUACAUUUGAUUUCAUGUAUAUCAACUUCAUACCAUUUGAAAUGAUCAGUUACAUGACAAUACACAUUCUAAAUAAGCAUGAUAUUGGCUAUCAGAUCAAAUCAUCAAAAGAUAGAGAAGGACUUGAAAGCAACUACCUUGUGUCUCAAUUAAGGUUGGCAGGGAUCUUUUUUUUUUUUUUAUUCACUUCAAAAGACAUGAGACAAAGAAUAGCAUAGCAGAUACACACUUACAUGAAUUUAUUUCAACAGACAUAGAUAAGUCAUAGGCUGUCUUCUAAUCAUCAAAAUUAUGAGAGGACUGUGAGAAAGAUUGUUUCCACAAAGCGAGAAUUAUUGUUCCAUUUUUUAAAUGAAUGUAACUCCGAAUAUAUUCAAUGAAUAAAAUGACAUAGGCUAUACUUGUG